AUGAAACUCGAUGCAACAGAUCUCAGAUAUGUUACUGGAGAUGAAUUUCGGGUGCUUACAGCAGUAGAAAUGGGCUCCAAGAAUCAUGAAGUUGUCCCUACUUCUUUGAUUACACAAAUAUCUGGUUUACGAAACGGAGGCGUUAACAAAAUCAUCGGAUCCCUUGCGAAACGCAACCUUGUGGCCAAGGUUCAAAAUUCGAGAUACGACGGAUACAGACUGACAUACGGGGGUUACGAUUUUCUUGCUAUGCGUGCUCUAUCAAAGAGGGAUUCAAUGUAUUCAGUUGGUAAUCAAAUCGGCGUAGGCAAAGAGUCAGAUAUCCACAUCGUAGCUGACAACGAAGGAAAGGAAAUGGUCCUCAAACUACACCGUCUGGGACGAAUUUCUUUUCGAACAAUCAAACAAAAUCGAGAUUACCUAGGGAAACGGAAAUCAGCAUCAUGGAUGUAUAUGUCUAGAUUAGCGGCGCAGAAAGAGUGGGCUUUUAUGAAGGUACUGCAUGAGCAUGGCUUUCCCGUCCCAACGCCAGUCGACCAAGCAAGACAUUGCAUUCUUAUGGAGUUCAUCGACGCUUACCCACUUCGCCAGAUAGCUGACAUUCCUUCUCCCGGCAAGUUAUACUCCUCUUUAAUGGAUAUCAUAGUGCGAUUUGCACGGGCAGGCUUGAUACACGGAGACUUCAAUGAAUUCAACAUCCUGAUUCGACGCGAAACCGGUGAACCAGUGGUCAUCGACUUCCCUCAGAUGGUGAGCACUUCUCAUGAAAACGCUGAAUGGUACUUCAAUCGGGAUGUAGAAUGCAUAAAGACCUUUUUCCGGCGUCGGUUCAAGUAUGAAAGUGCAUUGUAUCCGAAAUUCCGGCGUACUCUGGCCAAUGAGGAAGGAGGCGAAGAUUUCCAGCUUGAUGUUGUAGUCGCGGCAAGCGGCUUUAGUCGGAAAGACAUGAAGAUUCUAGAGGAAGUAAGUCUUGGUUUCUUGGUGGAGUCAAUAUCGUUGAUUCAAUUUUACUAGUAUAUGGAUGAAGUAGAAGAGGCAGAUACCGGAUCCUCUGAUGAAGUCGAGUCAGAAGAAAGCGAAGACGACAUGCAGGAUGUGCCGGAAUUAUCUUCAAAAAAAGAGAGUGUUCACAGCCCACCUCCGCUUCAGAAUCGUUCAAUAUCCCCAACCGCUUCCGACGAAGAACCGCCCGAGAGUGAUCACGAAAGCACUCGCAAUCUUUCGAGAUCUCCUCCCCGGUCUCGUUCUAUUUCUCCUGCUGCAGAUCAUUCUGCUCGUAAUGUCAAAGAUAUUGUGAAGUCGAAUCUAGAUAAAUCUCGAGCGAGACAGCAGAGAAAAUAUCAUUCAAAACGUAGCACUCGGCAAGCUGGCCGUGCUCAGGGUAGCAAAGCGAAGCAGGAUACACGGGUCAAGCUGGAUAGUACUUGGGAUUAAG